UGAUCCAAGAAAUUUUAUGAACAGUUAGCAUAUGGCGUGCUUCAAAAGAGGAUUUUACGGGAAGCACAUUAAAACAAGGAGACGUUAAAAAUCGACCCGUUUUCGUUAUACUAUUUCGACCUAAUCUAGAGCGCAUCGUGUAUUGGUAAUACUGCGGAGAACCUGUUUCGACUUUAUGGAAAGCUGACUGCAAAUUUCUGGUAACACAAUAUUUGGAAUCUUACUUGGCGGGUAAGUCAUCGCAUAAAUUUUUGUUGCCAUUGUUGACAAAACAACUUCUCGAUGCAGUUAUGCUCUGUUUUUUCAGUCAGGUGAGAUAGUACACCUUUAUUUUUAGUCAAGUGAGAUAGUACCCCUUUGAGUUAUGUGCUCGUUUUAAAAAUUCAGGCUAUGGUUCUAAGCUUCAAACAUUUUUUCGCCUUUUUUAUAACGGUAGUUAGCGAGGAAGGAAACUGACGUAUAGCCCGAGUUGUAGAAAACAUCGUAUACUUUUUAUUCUCAUUUCUUUUACUUUUAGUAAUUCUUGCAGUUUUAUUUAAUUUUCGAUCUGUAUUAUCUAUUGGUAAAUUAUAAGUUUAGAAAAUUCCAAAAAAUGGGCGCACUUACAUGAGAAGAAGAUAACAACGCUUUCCAGAUACAAAGCUAGAGCACCGAGAGCAUCCUAGUCACAGUAAUAUCAUGCAUUCUCUGCAGCUCACCACUGAUAACACAUCAGCGACAGUGCGUCACCCAUCUUUUCUAAGUCUGAAACUUAAGAUUUUCUAAGUCCCUUCAAUAUUUUUGAGAAAAAAGAAGAUCGAAAGUGUCAUAAGCAAGCAUAUUGAACCCGGGAUCUUAAGCUCCGAAGUCCUAACCCUAACACCUCUACCGAGAUAGAGGAUUUGACUAUUUCAGUGUUCAAACCUAAUUAUUAUAGCCCGUGCUUAUAGAGGAGAAAGUAGUGAUAAGCUUUACUGCAUUCGUGUCUAUGUAAUACUUAUAAUUAAUACUUACUAAUUUAUUUUAGGUGUUUUGGAUAAUCCUUUCUCUCUUUCUGCCCACCAUUUUAAUAUAGUCAAAUGUUAAAACGCUAUAGGGAAAAGAACGCUUGUUGAACGUGAAGUCGGACUAGCUACAAUUCUAGGGAUUAUUUAUUAAUACGGCGGACAGAUCAGAUCAUUUUUGAGACUAAAUGAACGCCCCGUGUCAAACAUUCAUGAUCUGUAAUCCAGAAAUCUACUGCACUUUUCAAUUUAAUUUAUUUCUUUGGGUCGUUCUGCGUAUAUUACAUUCCGCAUAAUUAUGUCAUUCCGCAAGCCAUGCCACAUGCCAUUCCGCAAACUCAUUUCACCUUUUACCUCACCGAUGAGGAAGGUGCUAGAGUGCCGUAAGACUGACUUGCGCUUGUGCAUUGACGUUAGGCCAUAUGAAUUGACUUUUCAGAAAGGAGUAUUACGUAGUUAUUAAGUAAAUUAAAACUAGUAAGUAGUUCGUAGUUGAUUGGUUAUUAGCGUUAUUUUGUCGUUUUUCUUUCCUCCGGGAAGGUAAAACAAUUUUAACGGCUUUUCAGCCUUUCAUAUUUGCCCGUUGGCAGCGAGAAACUGCAUCAUUAAACGUUACUGAUAUUCUGUUUUAAUUUUAGCAAUAACUGAGUGAUUUCUCACGCGCGCGCCAGUAAUUGCUAUCAAAAAGAGGGGGUUGGAAAAAGCGAAUCGUGGUUCGAAGGAGGAAGGAAUUUUGUCUUCAAUCCUGGUGUCAAUUUGUUAAAUCGAUGACCAAUGGUUGAAAAAGUUCUAUUAAGCUCGUUUGUUUUGUAAGUUUAUUUAAUGACCAUAUUUUAAAAAGGUCUAAACGGCUUUGUGGAUAUAAAAAGUGAUCCGAAUGAUCGAAAUUUCCAUGCAUUAGAACAAAUUUUCUGUCUACCUUUUAUUACUGUUAUUAUUAUCAUACGUGUUACAGAAUACAGUGGAGAUAUUUAACCAGAGGAAGGUUUCCUAUGAAAAUGAAUUUUGAGCUGCUCCACCUUCAAUUUUAAGCAUCUGCCGUUUAAGGGUCUGUUUACAUAGAGGUGGGGGACCCCAGGUUGGUGGAGUAACCUGCCUGUCCAAUCGGCAUAAAAUCUCUCAUUUUCAUUUUUUUUUUCCUUUUUUGCUUUUUUGUAAGGUCAACGUCAUAUUCGUUAACGUUUAAUACAAGUAUUGUUUAAUUAUUAUAAUUAUCAUUUCUAAAGAACGUAUUGAAGGGAACGAAAUAAAUUAAAGGGCCACAAUCUGCAUCAUUUCUUUUAAAGAUAUUAUUUAUUGAGUCGCCUGCAUAUUCUGUUAAUUUGUUCAACCAUGGUAUAGUUAAACAAAUUCACUCCUUAUUGCCAUAUAGACGCUUCGAAAACCAGCUGCUUAGAAUGGUACCGGUUGGUUGAAAUUUUCUUUUUAUAAUCACCUGUUGGCGAUGAGAGACCGCCUUUAGUUAACAUUAAUAACUUUAAUUAAUUUUUGUGCCUAAUGACCCAUGAAAAGUGAUAAAAGUGAGUGAUACAUGUAAGCGAAAUUACAGGUCUAUGUUUUCUUGACUUUAAUCAGAAAACUUUUCUGAAUUUGGGAAAAGUUCUACGAGACUGUAAAGUCUGUAUAGAUAUUUUUUUCUUUAUUGCGAUUUCGCCAAAAAGUCUAUUCCUUAAUGAUUUUUAAAUAUUUAAUACACUUUGUCAGCGUCCGUGACAACCAAAAUGUUAAUGAAGUAUCUCAUUAUAGUGACAACUUGCAAUAAAGGCAUUUUAUCACAAGCAAAUUUUUAAAUUCAAACUUUAAAUACAGUUCUAUCACUACACCACUGUUUUUCAACUUUCAGAACCCAAAAUGGAAAGUUUACGAUUUAUGAUAAAAAAUAUAUAUAUAUUGUAUGAUGCAUAGAAAUUUAACUCAUUUGCGUCAGCAAUAUUAAAACAUUAACACAAUAUUAACAUAUUAACACACAAUAUUAACUCUUCAGGCUCCAGCUGCAGAUCUCUGUUUAGUAUACUUCGUUGUUAUUUGAGGAAUUGCUUAACGCCCUGUGAUAAAGGAGCUAAUCCGCUUUCAAGAAGUCGAAUGACUGGUGGUAACUUCCUUUUGACAUGUAUAUUCCUGAUCUUCCUUAGUGGUGAGUUGACAGUGAACUGUAAUGUACUUCUUCGCUCUUUCGAUACCAAGACACAUCGAAUGCAUUGUUAGGGUAUAUCUUUUUAUAAAUGGUAUUUGCAAUUUUUAUAGGCUAAUCCUUAAAGGUUUUAAAGCUUUAGAACAAUAUUAUUAAUAUGUGACGUCUUCGUUUUUUCUUUCUUUUUUUAAAUUUUUUGCCCUUAAAACAAGAAAAGAAAGUAAACUGCCAACCGAGCUACUACACCCAAUACACUAUAUUAUGUUUCGUUAAAAAUCUUCAGUUCCGUCGUUCUAAUUCUAUUGAACAACUAUUGUCAACUGACUUGUAAAAUAAACAGUUGAAUUGAAAAAGAGUUUCUCUCAACAUAUGCAUUAAAGCAUAUAAAGAGAUAAGCUGUACCAGUUUUACCCAGUGGGAAAAAAUGCCAAAUUUUCAUUUUAGUUGCUGCAAAAAAAAGAGAGAGCUCAAUUCUGUAACAGCGCUGCUUUAACAAGUCCAAGGUUCAGUAAUAUAUACAAAAAGCAAAAAUAAUUCGAAUGGUGUACUGUUCCGCUUUUAGUAUUUGGACUUUUAUUCAUCAUUUACUAAUACACUGAUCAAUCGCUUUUCAAUACUGAUUCUAAGUUGAUGUUUCUUUUACUCAAUGAGUUGGUUGGCUGUGAUGCACUCCGUUAAUAGGCAAGGUGAAAAACCGCACAUUUAGGGGCGACACAGCUUAAGUCUCCGGCGUACAAGGAUGGCGGUAGGGGGUUUGUUGUUUGCGACCCCCGCUGAGACAAGUUUAGUGAUGGUCAAUUACUAUGGUUACGAGAUAUGCUGCCAUAAGUAGGAUGUGCUCAAGCCAUUUUUGAGUGAAAAUGCAUGUUUUUUCAACUUCUUUAACUUAAAAAGUAAAGCUUGUGGUUAAAAUGAAGCAAAGUGUAUUAUCAUUCUAUGCAAAUUUUUUCUUCUUUUUCAUUGGCCGAGAGCCCGCCACGUGACCUGAAAAUAACUGCCUAAAAAUAAUGGUGUGCUCAUGCGCAAUGUCGUUCAACUGUUUUUGGCUACAAAUACUAUUCUGCUCGUGCGUAAAUGAAACCACGCUUGCUCCUCGCUCGUUUAUGUGAUCUCUGUCAUUACUUCUGGAAGGCAGCUCGCACCAACCGCUUUCCGAAGAUAUUAUUUAUUAAAAAACAAGCUCAGUGAUCGAAUGACAAAACAAUUUUUGAACUCGGUAUCGCAAAAUAUUGUGAUUUGUCAGCGCAGAUCAAUUAUUUGCCGAAGCCGAAGGCUGAGGCAAAUAGUUGAUCUGCUCGCUACUGACAAAUCACGAUAUUUUGCUCAACCUCUUCCAAUAAUUGCUUAUUAUUUAUGUGGUAUUUUACAUGUUUGGCACAAAAGAAUUAUUAAUUGUCACUGACGGUUUUUAACUGAUUUCUAAUUCUUGAUAAAAUCCAAGAUGGCGACCACGUUUGGUGAGGUUACAGGCCUCCAGCAGCGCCACCAUCCAUAAAAUAUACCUCACCUGGUAGAGAAGAUUUAAAGGCUGUCCACUGAUGGGAAAAUCAUUCAGUUGGAACAACUUUUUUGUGGGGGGAAGGAAGUCCCUUUAAGUUCAAGAUAAAAUGCAGCAUACAGUCAUGCAUAACGUUAGGGUUAUUGGGCCAGUACCAGUUUCAAAAGAAAAAAAAAAGAUCAUCACUCUUGAGAUCCAAACGGCAGAUCGUUAUUGUCCUUUAUUUCCUGUUUGAUAAGAUAUUUCACCGUCCAAAAAAAGGAUCACGUGUGCAGACAGAACCUUUUGUGUGAUGGUUUCAGUAAGAGUUUCACACUGAACUAAUCAGCUACUGUACUACCGUAAGCGGAAUGGGACUAAACGCUCAUUAAAGCGAGCCAAACGGAAGUAUCUUCAUUUCCACAUUUUUCUCUUACCUCACUUCUCGAAUUUUGAUCGUUUGUCCUAAUAUUAUUUUCUCAAGUUUCCCAGUUAGGCGAAUUUCUGUCCCUUUGAAGUUUGUAAACAGUAGUAAUGUCGUUUGGACAUGUUUGUUUAACCAUGAUGCAGUGUUUAUGACAACCAUAAAUUUCAUUGGCCGUUAACUGACAAAUUUACAUUCCACCUGUUGUGAUCCAACUUCAGCUACUGUAUAGACGGGAGUGUUUUAAUGAGAACAAGAACACCCAGAAUCCAUAUGACCAGGCUAUGUAUUCAGGGACGUAGUGGGUUGUUUUUCAGUGUUCUUAUUGCGAGAAGCUAUUCCCCGCGCCUUUUCAAACUUAGCUGAAAGUGAACUGUAAUGUUUGUUUGUUGGUCGGAGUAAUUAUGGCCCAAGAGAGUUUCGUUAUAAUAAAAGCGAAAAAAAUGUCGAACAAGAGAACACGACGACUACCUCUUUCAGUUGUCAAUCAUACCUCUAUGUUAGGGUUAAGGUGGCCCGAACCUAUUAAUUGGCGCGUUGGUUAUGUUUUUUAAUCGCGUUUUUCGGCAGAAAUGAUUUAACCAAUUUCUAUGAUUUUUGGCACCCUUAAUAAAGAAUGGUUGAACUUUGAGAGAAUGCUAUUUAUUUUCUUACAGGUAUAAAAAGGUUUGAGAUAUCGGCAUAUGUUUAAAACCGCAUUUUUACAAAAAAUGUCAAUAAUUUCAAAACCCUAAGACAGAUUUUUCUCUAACUUCGGCAAAUAAGCCUCAGAGCUCUCUAGUUUUAUAUCUGCAAGUUUGAAGUCAAUCGUGACCGUAGAACUCGCUGCACAAAUAGCUGGUCAAAUUAAACCUUAAAAUGCAAUGCUAACACAGUUGUGAAAUUUGACACACAAAUAGAGGACAACUACCGACGGACUAUCUCCUAUCUACAAGGGGAUUCUUGCCCAAAGCUUCAGUUGCAAGAAAUGAGUAAUCCGAAGCCUAUUGCGAAUACAGUUCGCAAUACAAAAAAAACAAUUAACCGUAUGCUGAAUGCGGGAAAGGUUAAAUAACUUCUGUUUAUCAAAGUUACUGUGUAUUUUCCCUUCUCUUUUCGCAAAAAAUUUCAACAAAGCACGAUAUAACAUGUACGGAAAUCCCGUACCAGUUUUUAGCACUGAAGGUUCCCGUCUUGAGGAGAAAUAUAGCCACCAACUCAAGUACUUCAACCGAUCUAUUUUCAGCUGUAACGAAAACCCUUAUAUUAGGUAAUUUAUUCAAGUUUGAAAGAUUUGCCAUCACAUUCGCACGGGCAUUUUGCCAUUGGGGUUAAUGAAAAGAAUAAGACGAUUGUCAUAUUCUCUUCAUCUUUAUCCGCAAGUGGCAAACUUCCCGUGCGAAUGUGAUGUCAAGUCUAAAAACCUUGAAUAUAUAAAUCAUCAAGUACAAGGGCUUUCAGCGCAGCUGAAAAAUGGACGGUUAGAAGUAUUGGAGUUGGUGGCCUUAUUUCUCCUCAAAACGGAAAGCCUGCGACGCUAAAACCUAUUAAGAGUUUUUCGUAGAUAAUAUAAUUUGCCUUGUUAAGAUAGGUUUCGAAAAGAGAGCGACAAAUACAAAGUAAAUUCGAUAAAUAGAAAUUAUUUUAUCUUGCCCCGCAUUCAGCAUAAAGUUUUCUUUCUUGUAUUGCAAACUGUAUUCGCCGUAUGUUUCCGAUUACUCAGUUUCUUGCAACUGAAGAUAGGAGAUAGUCCGCCGGCAGUUUCCUCUUUCGUGCGUCAACUUUCACACAUGUUUAAAAGCGUUGCAUUUUAUGGUUUAAUUUGACCAGCUAUUUGUGCAGCGAGUUCUACGUUCACGAUUGACUUCAAACUUGCAGAUAUAAAACUAGAGAGCUCUGAGGCUUAUUUGCCGAAGUUAGAGAAAAAUCUGUCUUAGGGUUUUGAAAUUAUUGACAUUUUUUAAAAAAAUGCGGUUUUAAACAUAUGCCGAUAUCUCAAAUGUUUUUUCACCUAUAAGAAAAUAAAUAGCAUUUUCUUAAAGUUCGACCAUUCUUUAUUAAGGAUGCCAAAAAUCAUAGAAAUCGGUUAAAUCAUUUCUGCCGAAAAACGCGAUUAAAACACAUAACCAACGCGCCAAUAAAUAGGUUCGGGCCACCUUAAUUACAAAAAAGCUGCUGCAGUGGGCCCUGACAGGUUUCUCUUCUGAGUGUCUCUUAGCAUUUUUGCAGCUGUUUCUAUAUUUUCUUCGACGCUUCAAAACACAGAUACGUUACAGUCUGGAGGAAAAUAUGUUUUCUUCGUCAAUGGAGCAAGAAAGACUAAAUUCAGUUAGUAGAGUCACGAAACAACUGAAACGUGGCGCAAACGAUUUUAAUAUGGUUUGAAAAAAGUGUCAUUUCUUAUUCGAAUUAUUCAAAUUCAACUUUAUAGCGUUACCUGGAGGACAUAAACAAAACGUUGUUUUCUUUCUAUUCUCUUAUUCUCCUUCUAUAUUUUUAUUUCAUUUUUAUGUCAUUUUUAUUUCUUGCUAUUAUAACAUGAGUUUUUUAAGUGUAAGGCAAUAUUUCUUUUCUCGCUUUUUUAAAAAACACCUGCUGAUAUCUUGGAUAAGACAUUAAUCUAGAAGCUCUUUAAUCACACGACCUGACAGUUUGAAACCUUAAAAAAUGAUAAUGUGCAUGAUGAGUAUGUGCAGAAAGAGCGCCCAACUGAAAACGCAAUUAGUGGUGACACUGAGGUAGAAAGAAUGGCCAAAAGUCUAAGAUGUCAGUUAUUGUUUACCUGACGGUUUGGAAUUAUAAUCUACUCCAUCACUUUUUGUGGUUCUAAAGUUUACACACGCGACAAUUUUUUUGGUCGAUUAUAUUUUAUAUUGGCACACCGAACGCAAUAAAUUAGCUAAUAGGCCGUGCGGGAGCUAAAAUAUUACCAAGAGAGGAUCAUCCUCUCUUGACAUUACACAUUUCAUAGAAAAUGUUAAUUUUGUCCUGUAAAAAAACUUAGUUCAGCCUUUACUCAAAGCUUCUGAGUUACCAAAAAGUUAAUCAAUAAUUUGCUUCUCAAUUUUUAAACUCCUUCUUCAUAUAUUCGAAAAAAAAUUGCAGCUUUUGAACUCAAUCUGAGGAAGGUGGAAAACUUUCUUUUUCCUCCGAUUAUUGUUUCUUUUGACAUAAAUUCAUAAUCGCUUUUUAAGUCCCAAGCGUCACUGAGGCGUCGUAAUUAUGCAGCUCUCUUGAAGUCUAUCACAUUAAGCAUAAAUUUUGUGGAGUUAAUAUAAUGCAGUUUGUCGUCUUUUGCUUAAACAUAGUUACCGCAACGCUAAAGCACAUUCAAAGGAUUGUUAACCAGAACGUGCAAAAAUCUCUCCGUCUUCCUCACGAUCAUCAACAAGCCAUACGAAAAGCAUGUCGGAGACCAAAGGCAAAGUAAGACUCGCUACUCAACGAUAAACAUGCAAGUCCCGAGUUAAGAAAAUCAAGCAAAUUUGCACAUGCCGCGAAUCUUUUUGUCAAUUUCACCGAUUCUAGUGAAGAAGAAAUCGAAGCCAACAAUUUCGAACCAUUGGUUACUCCCAACCGCCCUGAAGCCAGCGGAGAAUGACAAAAAAGGAAAGAAAAUAAUCGGUUCACGCGGAAAACUAGCAAAGCAGGCGAGUAGGGCUCUCGUGGAGAUGUGCAGUAAGGCAAUGCAAAUGAUGGACAACAUACAAAAUAUGCUGGACAAGUAAGAUUCAGUUGACACAGAUUAACUUUAAUAUACCAGGUAUCCGUAAAUUCAAAUGUAGAAACAAUCUGUGCACACUGUUAAGGAAUCAAUGAAGAAAUCAGUUGCAACUUUUCUUGUGCUGCCUUAUUUCACUGAUAAUAAUGAAUUCCCUACCGGAAUCAAAUUUGCAUAAUUAUGUAGUUGGUGUUUCCCACUGUAGUGGAUCAUUAACGGGUAUUGUGGACGGUUAUGCGAAAAAUCUCUAAUAGAAAGAAUCCGAGAACUCCAACUGAAACAGAAACUCCAUCGAAAAAACUCCGACUUUUCUCGGUGAAGGAAAUGUUUCCAGACGAAAUAAUGACUCUCCGUGGAUACACCAUGAUGUUUAAUAGAUAACGGAAGGUUAAGCUGCUGUUGCUUAACGGACAUGCCGAUACAAGUAAAACCAAAAGAAAUACGAGCCCAACAAAAGUGUGGCCAGCCCUCAUUAUCAGUCACUUGGGACUCCUCAGAUCCUUUAAUAGUGCAUUGAAAGAUUGGAAUUCCCUUCCAGUAGAGAUGAGAUGUCUAUACCUUAUAACGCUUUUAAAAUAUCGUUACUUAAAACUUUUAACUCUCAAUAGAAGGAUCUAGGUUUUUUAUUCCAGUUUUCUUAGAUGUGAAUUUUCAUAGUUCAUUUGAUUUUUUAAUUUUAUUUGGUUUUGUCAUUUUAAGUAAUUUAUUUUAGCAAUUUUAUUUUUUAUAUGCAGUGUGGUAUUGAAAACCACGUUAUGUGCCAUCUGUAAAAAGAACUUUCUUAUUACUCGCUCUUGCUGCUACCAAAAGAGCCUCUUCACUCUUCGCAAAGUCGUCAAACAGACCCAACCUUGCAAUCUUCACGCAGUCCCCAAACGAACACAAACCUCUUCAAACUAGCUUCCAUGGCAGGUAUAAUCUGGCGACAGUGCUAUCCCUCGGGUGGAGAGAACUGUCGAUUGUAAGAUAUUUCCUGGUUUUUCUGUCAAGCUCUUUAAACUCCUCCUUUGUGCAGUCAAUGAAUGCUGCAGACUAUCUAAGGAUAGAAACUGCCCACGUAUUUUAAAAUUCCUUUUAUUACAUUGCCACCAUUAAGCUUUGAUUUCAACAGUUUUCUCACACACCGGAGAAACUGUUUUGUCAGGCUAGUUUUCAUUUCUUAGUAGAUAACCCUAUCAGCCUCCAGAAUCCCCAAUUAUUCAUAGCUGCUUCAAAUUCAUAACGUCCAAUGAAUUUAUUUCUCUUCCCUAACUGAGGCAAUUUAAUUCCAUCAGAUGCUUUUACUUUUCCUCUCCGAAGCAUUAGUUUUGCGCAUUCGUCAAUCCCAAAAAAUCUAUCCCGAUAUCUUCACUAAAAUCCAGCGCAGUGUGGACCAGAGACCCUAGGCCCUGUUCAGUAUUAGCAUAAGGUUUGAGGUCUUCCAUAAACUGAACAGGUGAUUUGUUCAUUUCCCAUUAAAUUCGUACGCAAAUCACGACUUUCUAAGUAGCGGGUUUAAUGGAAUCAUUGCAAUAACAAACAGGAGGGGUGAUAGUGCAUCUCCUUGGUAGAUGACUCUUUGGAUGUGCACUUCCCAAAAAAACAGAACCCGAGGUAAGUUCUGUUAUACAGUUUUUCAUGCUUUCACUCAAUAGCUUCUUUUUAUUCUGCAAUUCCAAAUAGGUUUAGACAUUGUUCUAUCCAAGAAUAAGGCACCAUAUCAUAGGCCUUUUUGUAAUCAGUGCAUGUCAUUGCCAGAUUUCUAUGGUAUGCCUUACGACCAUCUUGUCAAUGAACAGGAGAUCGUGAGUUCCUCUUGCUUUCUUCCUAUACCCUUUUUGCUCCUCUCGUAGGAGGUUUCUAUCAUCUAAAAAACCGUAUAUUUCUUCCCCGACAUCAUUCCUAUGAACAACCUCCACAUAAGCGGAAGGCGGGUUAUCGGCUUGCACUUGCUUGGUAUGUUUUCCUUUGUAACACCUUCAGAAUUAACAGAGUCCUCCCUUGGGGUUCUCCCCACGCCAGCUCUAGGCACACUUGUAAUUGGUCCGCAAUCCUCUCAUGUAACGUAGUAAAAUUUUUCUGUCAGGGCAUUGGGCAUUCUUUUAAUUCAGGAUGUUCUUCACCUUCUCCACGUCAAUAGUUGUAUUCCUCUAGGAUCGUCUUGAGUCAACCAGCAUCCCUUUAUGUUCUGUUGGGUUACCCCAGAUAUCAUUCCAAAAUUGUGUAGCGUCCUGUGUUUCGGGUUCAGGUUUUUUCUCGUCUCCUUCUUUAUCCAACUGCACAUAAAACUUGCCAAUGUUUUUCUCUAAAGAGUUUGUUCUGUCUUUUGACUUCGUUUGCUUUAUCGGCGAUCAUUCUGAAGAAGCUUAACCUUUCCCCCGAUCGUAAACAAAAACUUAUAACAUUUGAUAACUUGUGAUCAGCAUGUCACGAGCAUGGGACAAAGACAAAAUCUGAGUCCCUGACAGAAUUCGAACCUAUGACCAGCCAAACACCGGGCGGGCGCUCUAUUCACUUUAGCUACGGAGAACUCAUGGAGAGCUAGGCCAUAUACUUUUUUUUACAUAUAUUUGACAAGCAUCCUGCAUACCGCUAGGAUCAGCAAUGUCGAUGUCGCAAUGUGUGGUGAAAGAAUAAAAGAUGGUAAAUUUUAUGGUCGGUGAAACAAAUGUGAAAAUGAAUGAUCAGCAUGUCACGAUCAUGGGACAAAGAAAAAAUCUGAGUCCCCGACAGGAUUUGAACCUAUGACCUUCCAAACACCGGGCGGGCGCUCUAUUCACUUGAGCUACGGAGAACUCAUGAAGAGCUAGGCCAAUUGACCACUCUAGAAAAUACCAUAACAUACCAUAAUGCUCUUUAUUUGUCACCCCAAAGUUUUGCAUAAGCAUUGUCUUCAAUGUCUCUUGGGAGUUAAAAUGGCCCCAAGAGAAACUGCAAACAAUGCUUAUGCAAAAUUUUGGGGUGACAAACAAAGAGCAUUAUGGUAUGUUGUGGUAUUUUCUGGAGUGGUCAAUUAUACUAGGUUCAUCUGCGUGUCAAAUAUGAGAUAACCUCGAAGGCACCCAAAAGCUCUUGAUUCGUAAAAACAGUCACAGUUGCAAUUUUGACCAGGCAUAUGUUGUGGUUCAAUUUUAUCCUUGGUUUAAAUUUUAUUUUCCUUUGUUUCAAAUUCAUUAUCAUACAUUACCAUACCCAAAAACAAAGGAAAACAAAAUUUAAACCAAGAAUAAAAACUGAACUACAAUGUAUAUAAGUGAAUAUAUCCUUGAUUGACCAAGCUUGUUUGAUUAACAUAGUUUGUCAUUGGUCUCGUUUUAUCCUUUUGUUGAACCUGUCAUUUUUUUUUCGGAAAAAAAAAAAGCACAAAACGGCCAUUUUAACCUCACGCAGGAGGGAGGGGCCGUCUCUAGGGUAAACAUUGGUUCACUGAUCACUGCCAGUGUGACGUCACGUCAUACAUCGCUGAUUUUCAAAAUGGCGGGCAAAUUUCUUGUUCGUUACGUUGCAAAGGAUGUCAAUUUUCUGAAUGUUUGGAUUCAUCUUUUGCCUUCUUCAAUAAGGCAGAGCUUUUGAAACAUAACAUGGAAAUAUUUGCCAUAAGGUUCAGUCGGAAAAUGUUUCAAAAGCAUCACAUGAGGCAAAGAAAGGUACCGCGAAGUGUCUAUAAAUUGGCACAGUUUGUAUGAUCGUUUAUCGCUUUCGGGCAACGUGCGAGGUGGUGUGGCAAUAUCCUGAUCUCAGAAUAGGAGGAUUGGUAUAUGAUACAUUGAGCUUAAUGUACGCCGAGUUUCAGCGAGCCAAAGCGCGUAGUUCUUCUCAUCAAUCCCUUUAAAGUCGAUGGAAUGAAAAAAUGUGGAGACGACAUAAAUGUAAUCUGCUUACAUCAAGUCACUACCUGCUACAACAGGUUGGCAGUAGAUAUCAGUGGUAAGUUUUGAAAUUUACUCGUUUACUUCUAACAACAGGAGACUUAUAUGCAUGUUUUGUGCAUGAAUCAACAUCAGGAAAACGUAAUUUUUUGAAUGGAAAAUAGAUAGCUCCUGAAAUACAUGCAGGUUAUAAAAUUAAUGUUCAGGCUCUACAAACGGCUCUCCAUAUAUUAAUGCUAGAGGGAUAACACUGCUAGGCUAGAAUCUAUGUGCAAUUGCAUUGUACAAUAUUAACUGCAAUAUUCCAUUAAAUAAUUUUUGAUCAGGGGUGCAAGGAAUCUCUGUUGUCAAAGUACUAUAAUUAUGAUAGUGUUGAAGUUUAUGUAUACAAACAGAAAUAGAUUUGAUACAUCUUUUAUGAAGGUUAUUGUUUUAUGCACCCGUCAAUCCCAUAUGUUCAGGAAGUACUGUUUCCCCAAAUUUUAAAGUGGAAAAAUAAAUUUCAAGCUUUUUGGAAGAGCCAUUGGCGGGCAGCCCGUGAGGAAUAACACGACAUGGUAUGAAUGGUAUACCUUCCUGAAUGGCCAUCCAAAGAUGAUGGUUUCCUUCAGUGAUAUAGGCUCUUCCAGUUGUAAGAUCACAUGGUAUAAUUAUUGGUUCUUGAAAACCAUUUUUCAAAAUGAAACGUCUUACUUGUUCAAGAUGAUCGUGGUUAUUGCCAGCUUUUGGCAUGAGAGAUCUUUCAAAUUCCCUAUAUUCCCAAAGAUCUUGUGUUUUGACCAUUUGAAAUUCAUGCGAAUAAUAAUAUUAAUAAUGUAAUAUUGUUUUGCUUUUUUUGCUUUGAGCAACCACUUUGUGUAGAUUUUUUUGCUCUGGCUAUGAGUUCAUCACGUGAAAGAGUACUUAGUUUAGUGUGUGAAUCAUAGGCUGUUUUAGACUCAAAUGAUUCAGAUGAAGGAUUUGUUUUCCAACAAAAGCAAGAUCGUAAAAUAUCUUGACAUUUGUGGCAUCUGGUUUUUGAAUGGACAGGUAGUUUGUAGGUGCAAUUUAAGCUCCAAAAGCACUUGACAAUCUCUCCAUCUACAUUUGCUCCUUUUUCAUCCACAAAGUAUAAAUUUGCUUCCCUUUUUCUUUCAGCCAUAUCAACAAGGGCUGGAUCAUAUAUACCUGAACAAACCGGUAAGUUUUCAAUAGUUUUAAGCAUGACACCCAAACCAGAGUUUAAUAUGUUUUCUUGAAAAAUAUUGUGUGGGAGUUCCUCAUGGUCAAUUUUGUUACCCAAGAAUUCUACUGUAAAUGGACUAAAAUCCUUUGAAGGAAAUGUUUUUAUUUCGGAAGGAAGAAAAAGGGUUAACUUCUUCCACUUCGUUAUUACACCACCUUUUCCGAUAUUUGGAACAGAAAACGUAACCUUCAUGGUAUUACCUGUAGUGUGCUGAGUAAAUGACACUGUCCAUGGAAAAAUACGUGAAAUAACUGUUUGAAAAACUGUAUAAACUGGCAGAGGUGAUGACUGUACUUCACUGUCAUUUCCUGCAUCUACUGGUUCUUUUGGAGCAGUUUGUGUCAUUAUUUCAUUCAACACAUCUGUAAAAAUGCCUGCUUUACAGUUUAAAGCAUCAGACACAGCAAAUCCAAGACCAUUUUUUCUGAUAGCACAGUGGCUUGUCCUUUAGUUGGAUUAAUAGUUGUUUCUUCAAAAAACUCAUGCUUGUUGCUGUCAUUAUCUGUCGUUUUUGUGGAAAUUGAACAACCUUGUUUUUGGUGGAAGAUGUUUUGAGCUUCUUUGUACUCGUGCUCUAUUUUAAUGGAUUUUAAAUAGAAAGGCUGACAUGACAUGCAUAUGUAGUCUGGAAAAGUUCCAUCACAAGGAUCUACACUAUACAAGUCAUUAUGUAAAUCAGUCUUAUUGCCAGUUCUUUCAUCCAAAAAAUUGCAUCCCACUGAAAACGUAUUUUUAAAAAUAUUUAUGUGGUGUUUCUUGCAGGGAACAUCACUACUCGGGCAAACCUUGUUGCCACAUUGUGAACAAGUCACUAUACAUGGUGUAACUUUCAGGAUGCCCAGCUGGGCAUCGCUGCGUGAUCUAGUGGAGCUUUUCCCCCUAGGAGGCUUAUGCCCUCUUGCUGAUAAACUGCCGUAAUGUUUAUCACAUACCUUAAGAUCUUUGAGAUUUUCAGGUGUAACAUCAUCAGGGGCACAUUUCAGUUCAUACCGCCCAACCAUACUAUCAAAUUUUCUUGAUCCUGCCUCAUUUUCACAUCCCUUCAGACAGCAUUGUACACCUCCCAUCAAUCGCCCAUGCAUAAAAAACUGUUCCUCUUAUUUCUUCCAAAAGUAAAAAAAUCAAAUAAAGGCUUUCCACAGCAUGACAACCAGUACAAAUCACUUGUUAUUCUGAAUUUAGUAUUUAUUUGAGAUCUUAGAUCUUUUAUUGUGGCAUAUGGUGUAAAAGUGAGGGUGCAUGGCUUGCCUGUUAUAUCAACAAUUGAAUUGUUGUCAUCAACCUUUUAGAUCUUAUCAACAUGCUAAAAAGGAAACCAGGGUGGUGUAAUUCAAGCAGUCUGGCACAGGGAUAAGUUAAAAGUACACCAAAUGAGAGAUAUAAAAUUGGAAAAAGGAGUGGCAUUUCUGUACAGGAUCUGGAACUGACAUCAAAGGUCUCCCCAAAUAUAAUAAUAGUCACAACAUAUAAACCCACAAAGAAUGAAAAUGGGAGUGCAGAAAUUAUCAGCAAAAAAGCAGCAGUUGCCAAGUAAACAGGAUAUUGAAGUUCACAGUUUAAAGAACAACUUUUGUAAUACCAAGGUUCAGUAAAAGCCAUGAGAAACAAAAAGGCACACGGUCAUUAGGCAGGAGAAAAAAAAGCUGUGAUUUUAAUCUCCAAAAAUAUUGUACCAGUGAAAAGUUGAAUUGGGGCUUUACAUGUAACAAAAUUUUGUAAACUGGAUCAAGCAAAGAUAGAAAUAGUUUCAAGGUAAUAACAGCAGGGAGUAGAAGCAUUUCUAAGAAACAAUUUAAAGUUGAUCUAUACUUAAUCAUUUGCCAUAAAGAAACCAUGCACAAUACUUUCCUGUAAAACAAAAACGUCAGUGUAAAAAGAAUGGUGGUUAAGGCUAAAAGGGACACAAGGAAGUUUGAGAGGUUGAAGUUUUGAAUUACCGUCACUUUGAAGUGGAUAAUAAAAAAAGGACAAAACAGAGGAGACCAACAUUUUUACUACACGCAAAUUUUUACUUUAUAACUCAAAGGAGUGAGGGAUUUGUGUCUCCAAAAAGAUGGGGGCUUUGAAGGGAUGCAGAGGGCACAUGAAGGUUUGAAAGGCCUGGGAAAGAUAUUGCAACCAUUGCAAAACAAUAUGGACACGCACAACAGCUAUCACAAGAUACAACAAAAGCCCAUUGUCAAAUAUAUACACAAUAAAAUAUUUUUAUUCAUCAUGAUGUUUUCUUCUUCUGAAGUAAAUAAUUAUAGAUAUAUAUUAUAUAAAUAUGAUCUUACUUUAUUAAUUUUCUCACUAAGUAAUUUUUCCUUUUUAAAAUAAUGUAACUUCUUAAAUUAAGCUAUGUACUUUUUAUUUAAACUAUUUUUUUCUGUCUCUUUUAUAUGUCUUUAAUAUUAUUAUUAUUGUUUCUUUUCUCAAGAAAUAGUUACACUAAAUUAAUUAAAAGAAUAAUCUUUUUAAAGGCAAAUACAGAAGCCAACAACACUGCUAACAAGCAACAAUGACACAGGCAAGUAAAAUACGGGGAAAAAAAGCCAACAAAAACUGCAGACAAAUGCAAAUAGAAAAAUUUUACCAACAAUAACAUAACAGAAUAAAACAACCAACAGCAGUAAAUUUUCAAAGCAGCAAAGGCCAGCGAUUACUUUGAUCAAAAUAGAGGGCACCAGAUUAACCAGCAAACCUUAGACAUAAGCAGUAAACAAACAAGCAAACUUGACACACAAUGACAGCGUUAAAGUCUGCAAAAUUUACCCCAGUCAAGAAACCACACGCGAUUCAACACAGUAUCUUCACAUUCAAAAGGAUUGAUGAGCAAAAUGGCUCGUUACAUCAACACAAAUCAACUAUCGUAUCAAACUUCUGUUAUUAAUGAAUUAAACCUCCUCUUCUGAGGAGAUUUGGUUAACAAUUUAAAGAGAAAACGGCUGACGUUUAGGGUGGAUUUAUCUAGUUCCGAGUUCAAAAUGGCGCCCACGCCACUGACCCGAAGUGGAUUGGGUAGAAUUUAACACAAACGUGCGGACAAAACAAACACAGCUUUUACACACAAACAAUAUAAGCAACAAAGCUUGCACACUUACGACAAAUUGUUUUACCAACGCUGAACAAAAGCCUGUAUUAGCCCUUUCUUUGUUUAACUUCGAUGGCUUCUCCACGCUAAACUGAUCAAGCGGCGCGAAGCUCUGAGUCGUUGCUAUGUGACGUCACACUGUCAUGAUGACUCGGUCACAGACAAGUACCCGAAAACAAUAGAGACGCCUCCUCCCUCCUGACCUCACGUUUGGCCAAUUUCACACAUGUAGCAUGAAUGUCAAGUGAAGCAUGGCCUCAAAUUGUUGAGUCUAAGGGAUAGGUAAUAUUUUGUUAAAUUAUGAGACUUUCAUUAUUCCUGAAAUUUUCUUCAGGUCCUGAUCAUCUGCAAAAAGGAUGUGGCAGCUCGGACCCUCGUUCUCACUGUGGAUGUCCAAAAAAGUGCAAUGGCGUCUGGAAAUGCAUGAAAUGCAGCGAGUCUGACUGUAAUGACUGCCCCAAAAAGAGGAAUCUGUUUCCAUUGUGCUGUUGCAAAAAUCCUCUCCGUACGUUCACCGUAACAAAUCAUAUUCUUGUAUGGAUAUUUUAAAAUAUAAAAUUAAACAAAGAAAGCAGAUAGAAUCAGACGUCCGUUAAGGGAGCAGCCAUAAGAAUACAUUUAAUUCGCUUUUUGCGUGCUUAUCAGCCUGUUGUAAGUACAGGAUAGCAACCACAAACUUUUUUUUUUCAAGUAAUAACUUCAAUAUCAGUUGGUAGACUUUUUUCUUCUCGUCUCUAACGUGUUGAUGGUAGCAAUACUUUUAUUAUGUCCGAAUGGAGGCAUUUUGCUCAUUCUUUUGGCGUGGGUUGUGGUGUUGGAGAGAAACUCGUUUUUGCGUUCGAGGUACGAGAACGCAACCCUUAAUUUGUGUCGGGUGUUCUGUGCAUUAUGGGGUGUCCCGUGCAAUUAAUAAGGGAGGAUUUUCGAGAUUGCAUUCGUCGUCGUCGUCGACACACAUUUGCCUCGCUUUGAGGCGCUUGCUUAUUCGUGUGUCCUCGGCGUUCAUAUUUCAAACGUUUUCUGAGGACUGCUAUUCUCUCUUCGUAAAUCGUUUAUAUUUUAAAAGUGUGCUGAAUCUUCGUAAAGCGUACAUAUUUAAGAGUUUGCUGAAGGUCUACUAUCAAUCUGUGUUUGCUGAACCUUUCAAAACGUCCAUGUUUCAAAAGUUUUGGCGGCCGUUGUGCCACAAAGUAAAUCUAGAGAGUUGUGCAGCUCGGCGGCGGUUGUGCCACAAAGUAAAUCUACCGAGAUGUGAAGCUCGGCGGCGCCGUUUCAUCAUGACUUAUGAUAUUUUUGCCACCGGACAAACGAACAUUUUAGGAGUUGGGUCUAUGUUAUUUAUUCGGAGAAAAAUGUAAACAGCCCACAGUAGGUCCAUUCAAGUCACUGAAAUCAACACACUUGACCAAAUUACUACACUUAUUGAGACGGGCCAUUCGAUAUCACUAGCCUUCAAGGCUUUUUCAUACUGUGAUGCACAGUUUAAAUAGAGGUUUCGCUGUAAGCAAUCCUUACGUUUAAAAUACGCCAUGAUCAAAUUAAAGCCCGGUUUCCAUAUGAUCGCUUAUCGCUGUGAUCGGUGCGAUCGCUGAGAAAAAAAAAAAAACUUCAGCGAUCGCAGCGAUCAUAUGAAACCAUUCUCCAGCGAUCGCAGCGACAACAAUCGCUGAAAUAUAAAAUGUUCUAUCUCAGAGAGUGGUUUCCAUAUGAUCGCUGAACUUUUUUUUCAGCCGAUCGCAGCUAUCGUAGCGAACAUAUGGAAACCGGGCUUAAUCUAUCGCAAUAACCAUCCACUCUUCCUCCUCAACUGCUACCUGUACGCCUUACAAACAGAUCGAACGCACUCUUCUAAGCUCUGAUUACUCCUAGUAUAUUAUAUUACAAAUGCGUAUACAACAUAACACAUCAUAUGAAAUUUCCACCUCUAAAAACAUUUGACAUUACGAUUUAACACUAACUUAUUAUUUUCACAUUAAUAUUCAUGGUAAAAGAGAAAGCAUUGCACUAAGUUUGCACAGAAACGGGGUUUAAGGGGUUGAAACGUUUAACUCGCGUUCACUGGUCGUGAUUAUGCAUUUUUCCAAGUACCAUAUUUGGAAACCCUCGCUGCCGGAUUAACAGCAAACUUGCUCAUGUAUCAUGCUUUUUUGUACAUUUCUUUGCCGUCACUGCGAGACACUACGUGAAACUUCCUAAUUUAACAUUCUCUGGGAGGCAAAAACACAAGACAACGACUUUCUGUUUCUUUUUCUGAACUUUAAUACAGUCUUUAGAAUUCAAUUCCGGAAAAAUUUGCUAACAUUCGACGAAAAGAACUAGAUGGAAUAAGCGCAAUACAAGUUUUAAGCAGCGCGAAUAGGCCACUUCCGAGUUCCAAAAACCCUCACUGUCAAAAUGAAGCCAAGGGCACAACCUUUCUUGUGGAAAUGAGUUUUAUUUGCCUGAGAAAGAAAAAUCCUUUCCAUACCAAAGGCUGAGCACCUAACCUCGUUUUGAUACAGAGGCCCGGGGAACUCAGAAAUGGCCUAUUCACUUUUUCAGUGUCGUUUUCGUAGCCGUCAAAUUUGAUUGGUCAGAUCGAUCUUUUCUUCUCGGUUCCAAAUAUGGUACCUUGAAGAUGAAUAUUCAAGAGCAUCGGAGAAAAAAAUAUAUAUGCGAGUUACACGUUUCAACCCCUUUUGAGUUUCUAGUUUGCUCUAAAUACUGAAGCUCAGGUAUGUUGAGUACUACUAGGCCACCAUUCCUCCCUUGCUUUCUCUCCUGUGUUGUAUGUUUCGGUUUGUUUUGGCUUUGAUUAUUUUUUGUCGGUUUUACUUUUGCUCCAUUGGACUGUAAAUUGGCGGUGGGAUUCAGCGACUUGUACUAUGCAGGCUUUAUUUUGUAUGUAACAUUUGUUUUACCCAUAUUCACGCAGAUGAUUGCACGACAGCAACAACAACCUCAUCAACGCCUUGGAAUAUAUUGGUGAGUUAUGGUGGAUUGUUCAUAACUACAGAUUUCUAUUGAAAACACAAGCAUGAUAAAAAUGUGACAAAUUAUUUCACCUCAAACUCGCGCAACCUGCAAGAGAACAUAUGAACUUGUAGCUUACAAGAAAAGGUUAAUAGUGACAUUAAUGAGACAUUUACCAGGGGGUAAAUUCAGUUAAUGGAGCUUGAAGCCCCAGGGGGGUAGACCGAGAAAGCCCGCCCCGUCUUAGGCUCGGUGAUAUCUUGAAAGCCUGAUUCAUUAAAUGAAAGCACUCUAUUCUUUAAGCAGAAAACAAAAGCUUUUCAUGGCUAGAACCUCACUAAUUUGUCGCAUGUUUGUCAUCGUGUAUUUUCGUAGCUUCGCAAAGAUUGGUCCCUGUUUUCAAAGCCCUAUUCAGCGCUAUUCAUGGCUAGACCUUAAUCAUGAUAAGUUGAGAUAGUUUAUAGUACCACUGUGCCUAUUGGCCAUACUUUGAGACACUGUCUGACUAUAAAGCUUUGCCAAUGCCACUCCUAGUCAUUAUUUGGUUAGCUUGCACGAAAGCAAUCAUUUAAAGUAGUUUUGUUACCCGCCCUCCCUCCCUUUGGAGGAGUUGUUGUUAUGUUAUGUCUCAAUAAAUUUUGGUGGGUCACUCCCUGUGGUGCGGCUAAGUCUGCGUUGCGACUUCCUCCAAGCUUUUGGCAUUGCUUGUGUCUUGCCAUCUUUUGAGCUAUUCCUUUGCAUUAAUCUUGUCCGAUCCAGCCCGUGCGGCGCUGGGGAGAUAAGAAAGGCUCUGCCAAGAUUCUUGUCCUACCCCACCGUAGUGGGGCGAUAAGUAAGGCUUGUGUUAUUUUGUGCGCAUAACCCGAAGUCGCUAUAACCUGCCACAGGGCUGUGUCCCCCCCCCUUAUUACGUUACGCCAUCACGUAGUUGUUGUUUAUUUAGCCUGCGUGCGUCAUUUACUUGCUUGACGUUUGCAUGCUUAUCUUACAAGCGGAAUAGUGACAUUAACAAAAAGUAGAUAGAUCAGGAUGAUUUUCUUCUGUGAAACUGGCCAUGGCCUUUGAGAAUGAUCUCCCGUUAUUGAGGCAGUCCAUUGAGAGCAAAAGUUAGUUUCCUGCAGGACAGAAGGGCCCCCAACAGCGCAGUGCUCGAAGAAUUCCUAAGAAAACAACUGCGAUAAUUUCAGUUGAUGCGUAACAUGAUAACUAUAGAACCAUAGAAAAGGAAGGAAUAAAAGACAGUGAAAUAAAUCAAUUAAUUAUGUCCGAAUGUUGAAAGAUGCUGCUCGGUGCCAGUUAAGACAACAGAGUUAUAAAGCAUGGUCGAUCAGUUUUGCCAAAGAAGAGUUCUCAGUUCUAUAAAGGAUAGGGUGAUAAGAAGAUUGUCUCUUUAAAGGAGCUGUGUCACGAAAUUCAGCCAAAUUAGGAAAUUACAAAAUGCCCGUUAACUAAGAGAAACAUAAAAAAUAACCGCUUAAAACUUUAAAGGAAGGUUAAAAUAACAUAACAGAAACAAUAGAUGCCACGGAUGGGCAAAACUGAAGAGGAUUGAAACGGAUUGAAAUUAGGGUUUUUGAAAACUGUUCAGCCUAACAGUUUUUCAAAGUUGAUCCCUGCUGCUUGCAACUUCAGGAGACAUAUUUGUUUGUCUCGGGUCUCUGUUUUGUCAUUUACCUGUAAUUUUUUUGCUUACUUUAAGUUCCAUAGCGAUUGAGGGUGAGUAAUUGGCAAAAUUAAACAAAAUGAACUGGACUGCCGUGACACAGCCCCUAUAAUGAGGGGAUUUUGUUUUUGGUAUAAACCUCUGCAUGUUAACGUCUUUCGGGGAAUCAGGUAGCUCCGUGUGUUUGAGUCCGAAGUGAACGCAGUCAGCAAACGCUGUGCAUGUGGCAAUUUUCCUCCAUUACCAUGUGCUCGAUACUUGUCAGCUAUUGUCUAGUCCGUAAUAGCGAGAUGUCCGCAAAUAAAGGCGAAAGUUGACUGGGUCCACCCGAAUCAAAAUCAAUAGUUAUUCUGUAAAUGUUGACGUGGGGAAAUACUAUGGAGCAAAUUUGGCCAGUUCACAAACAUUUACACUUUCCUUUGCAGGUAUCUCGGUACUCUUCAUCGAUUAGGGCUCUCAAUGUUAGCAACAACGGUUCCUUACAGGUGAAGUCGUCUCUGCUGCAAAUAACUAACUUCAUUGAUGCCUAAGUUGAAUACGGCCUUGAUCACUGACUUAUUAAUUUCGCAUUUAUUCAUUCAGGGGCACCUAAUGUCAAUUUUCGGAAAAUAUCAGUUCGGAAGACGAUUUGAGAUCUAGAAUUUUCGGUCAACAUUCGUUGUAAGAUCUCUUGCUUGCCUGCCUCUUUUAGGAUUUUCGAACAUCUGAAAAAUGGCAUAAGCCCAUUUUUAACGAAUUUUUACCCUAAAAAGGUGACCUAGAACUUUCGAGAGUCUUUUUUCUGGCUAAAAUUUUCGAAAAGGUAAGUUUUGAUCCCUAUAAUUUUCGGAUCACUAAACUUUCAGCUAGGAAAUCCGAACAGAAUAUGCUUAUAUCUACCGUUUAAAUACUAAAAUACGUUUAACAAAGCUACGUUUAAGUGGUUUUGAACUAUAUUCUCGUUGGGUGCCCCUGUUUAUUGAUCAUUUUUAUUUUUGAAAUGAAGCACUCAAGCAUGGAAAACGUUUGGUCCGUCUUUUCAAGAUGAUUUCUUUCUGAUCUGACAUCGGAAGAGACCGGACAAAAAUUGAUUAAUUUGCUUGGUCCUUUUAGCUGAUAACAUCAAGCCGGUCAAAGACAGCCAGUCAGAUAUUGAUCGAUAUUUGACAAGGUUCAAUGUAAACUUAAUAUAUUCAUGAUAAAGAGUAGAUGGUCUUUCAGCGGCAUAUCUUCUCUAAUCCAUUUUACCUUUUUUUUUUCUUCUUCACAGGAAGCAAUCAAUGCAACCAUAAUUUUUUUAGACGGUUUAAAAAAACUACCGCCAGGUGGAAAUGACAUAAAUAUACUGGUAGCCACUCACGAACUCGAAUCAUUUGCAGUUAAAUACGGCAAGACUCAUCUCACAGCGAAUGAAAGCGCAGUUAUUGUGCAAAAAUUGUUUGGUGAGUUUUAUGCUCUGUUUGAUGAGUCAGGUUAAUUUAUUUUUAUUUUCAAUUGAAUAUUUAUAAAUUUACAUCCAGCUUCAUAUUCAAGAUCACAUUAAUUUACGCUAGAUGCUGACGCUCACAAGGAAAAAUGAACACAAGUGGUUAGUAUGGCCGUAAUUAAUAAUGGUAUAUUAACCGGUUAGCUUUUUACAGGAGUGGCCUAUACCAGGAGCUAGGUUAAGGGGGGGGGAGGGGGGGAGAGGCUGAGUGAUCACACCUGGAAUUAACUAGGCCAUUUUUAAAAAUAGAAAUCUAUGCAAAAGCUAUGCAAACAAAUCUUUUUUUUAGUAAACUAUCCCGGGUAUUGAAUUUUUCUAUACGAACAGACAUAGGACAGACAGACUUUUCUACAUGAAAUUUUCCAAAACCAGCCAUUACAAAUUGUGCUAUACAAAAACUAAAACCUCUUGUUGUUGAAUUAAUAUAAGAAAAUGGCGAACCUGGAAGUGAAAGGGGUGUACCGGCGGGUGUACGUUACGUCUUAAUGGGCCGACCGUUUGACUUUUUAGGGGGGGGUAUGGGUGAUUUCAGGAAAAAAUAUCCUGCAGACUGAUUUCGAGGAAAAAAUAAUUCUUGGAAGGAAAUACCUGGCGGAAAAAGUUUUCGCACUAAAGAGAAAUAUUUUUCAUGGCUUGGAAUGUUGGGAAAAAAUCUUACAUCGUCAAGUUGUUAAUGUCAGGAAAAAAAUUAUAUCCCCAGAGGUUUGGGGAAAAAAAAAGUCUUACCCAAACCAAAUCACCUAUCCCCCCGUCAAAGUCAAAUGCUCGGCCCCUGACUAAAUUUUCUUCUCGCAUCGAUGGGUUACCAAUUUCUAUAGGUAUGGGGCUCCGCUAUAAAAAUUUGCUUGCUAUAACGAGUUUACAGAGAAAAGUCACUAAAAUUGUAUGACAUCUUACAAAUAUUGUGAUAACUGACAUAUUUCAUUGGUAAGACUUUACAGUCAGAUAGUUAUUGGUUAUUGGUUUUGUAGAAAUGAAGAUUCAGAGGGUUUUGGGAAACAAUACGGAACCGAUUACUUGCUCUAAAAGCAAUGGAACAGAGAGCAUUGUCAUUCCUUCGGAAAACUUCAAAGCGCAAGGUAAAGGCAGUGUCACUAGCUGCUCAAUUAUGAGAUAAUCAUGAGUACUUGCACUGUAGCGACCAUUAUUUUAUAAGUCCUACCAGUUUUUCAAACAUUGCACUAAGCACGACCACUUCAGAGCACUUUGGCACCGGCAAGAUUGUUUGGAAUUAGUUAAGAUUGAGUUAAGAAUUCAAAUAGCCUAUAUUAUGCUAACUCAAGAAAGGAGAAAUAAAAGGCCAGAGACCUUAAUGUUAAAUAGACCUAUUCGGCUAACUCAAUGUUGUACCCAAUUCAAAUCUCCCGGGGAUAAGAUUCUUUGUGUAUUGCAUUUGCAUUAUAAUGUGGCAUUCACAUUUAAAUGAUAUGGAAAUUCCUGAAACAAAACGUUUUAUUCCCAAAGGGUUUGAAUUGGGUACAACAUUGAGUUAGCCGACUAAACAUUUCACUUUUUUGCCUAAUCACUAUAAUUUUAUCUCAGACACUGUCACCGUAUGCAUGCUCUACCAUGGUGAGGUCAGGAAGUGGAUACCCGGUGAAGAAAGAGUUAAUGGAUUAAACGGGUUAGGCAUAUAGGCCUUUUCAUCUCUCACAUAUAAAUAAAACAAAUACAAAACGAUCGAAUGUCAAAACGAUUUUGCUCAAACUCUGUGCUUUGCGUAAGUGUCACGUGACAAAUAGUCAAAACACACGUGAUCAGAUUACGAGUGACAGAAGGUCCAAACGCUCGCGACAAAAUUGCGUUCUAUGCAUUCCAUUCAUUUUUAGUGGAAGUCCAAACAAAGACUGGCUAGAUACGUGCGACGCAUGCAUAAUAACAACCUGGAGAUUAGGAUUGCGGGCUUCUCUUGUCGCCCGCAAUUAAUUCCUCGCCUCGCUUAGCGAAGGUUUGUAAUUAAGUAUUAUAAUUAAAUUUGCAUAACGCGUGGAUCGCACAGCGAGACAGAAACACGAGUCGGCUUUGUAUAUACAGCUGUUUCGAGAAUGUGGGAAAAAGUGAACGCGACAAACCCGAAAGGUAUUGUGGGUGGUUUGGGGUUCACCGUUUUUCAAAGAAAUUUGAAAGAAAGGCACGAGAGGCCAUGGUCGUAUAGUUGCGAGUGCUAAAGGAAAGCAAGAAAAGUAGGGUCGACAUCGACAGUGCCAGGAAAAGUGUAUUGAUCAUAUCCCAUAAUACCUUUCGGGAUUGCCGCGUGCAAAUUUUUUUCUAACAACCUUUUUCGAAAUAGCUGUAUAUGGGGUUUUCGAGUCAGUGACCUCGACGAUUGUGACGUCAAGGUACAUUUUCAGGUUUCCAAGCAACACGAUUUCCACUGGGUGCACUAUCAUGUUUUAUUCGUGAAAGGCUAACGUGUCUAUUCAUCCUUUUUGAAAAAUUAUUUACUUUGUUUUUUCGAUUCUCCUCAUGCGUAUGGCAGGGAACUGUAAACUGUACAGCGACCGUCAACAAGGGACUUUGGGACGGUUUGCGAGACACCUAUCGGCUUUGUCGGCCAUUAUUCUCCAAAUGCGAUGAAAUUAGUUAAAUUACCGCUCUUAACGUCGAAACACUGCUUAUUUUCCUCAAAUAUACCUUUGAGUUAUUGAUUACUACAACUCCACCACUACAAACAGCGUCUACCAGACGAAUUUCACGGGAAAAUGCUUUAAAUACUGACAAUAGUUUGACCUGCCCAAUUGAAAUUUGACGAUGUGGCGUAUUAUGAAACGACUUUUCAUGCAGGUGGACACGGUUCAACUGUCCUUCAAGGCAUUGUUUUUUGUUUUGUUUCUUUUUUUUUCAUUCAUUUUCUCCCCUUUUUGGCCGUUUUGUUUUUACUUUUUUCACCGUGUCUUUACGGCUUUGCGAGAUGUUGUGAUAAACGUAUUUCUAGUUUAACGCUAAAAAGGACAAAUUUGUUAAGGUUUGAGAGACUCCAAAGAAGAAUAAAUACAACAUUUUGCUCCAAUUCCGUACAAAGCAAUCACUCAGGAAACGAAAGUCUAAUAAACGGUUGUGUUAUAGGUUGUUUACCAUUUUCUAUGGGCAAACCGGUCGCUCCACGGUUGUACAUUUCGCCCCGAAAUCGCAUUUACCAUUUGUACGAGUCAGUUCCAUUUAUCGGAAAACGACCGCAAAGGCCUGAAACUGGCAUCAAAGAUGGUUUGAAGAAAUGGAACAUGGGGCAACUUUAUUUUCAAGAUCUGCCAAUAUAUAAUAAACUAAAUAUCUCUUCAGCAAAGGUUUGAAAUAUUCCGUCCGAAAAACAGGACUUCCUUUUCAGAUGUUCCGUUGCUUCUGGAAAUUUUCCGCUGCAACGAGGACCCAAAAAGUCGUCUUCUAUUUACUUUUCAACAGAAUUUUCCGGAAUCUUUUUGUAAAUGGUAAACAACGAUAAUGUACUUUCCAGGGUGGGUAGAUAAUUUGUUAACGAAGAAAAUUUUAAGGGGGACGUAUGUGGCCAAUUUUUUCAGAAGCUGCUUUUAAAAGUCUUUGCACUGAAAUUUUGCAGAGAGAUUUCUAGGACACUGUAAUCAUAAAUUCUCUUUUCAAUUUUUUCUAACAGUAAAACUAUCAUGAACUUCACGCUAAGUAAUAUAAUAGGCAGCACAUUAGAUCCCAGGCCCCAGGUCAUCCUCCAGCAAAACCUGUCAGUCAUAUUACGUUACGAUAAGGUAUGUUCUUUAGCUAGUAAGUUAAUUCAUAACUGUGAUUAAAAUCUACUUAUAGAAAAUGAGUAGGCUAACUUCUCUAGCCGAGAAGGGAUUGAUUGAUAACUGCUUACACUGUUUUAGGAUAUUCUUGUUUUUUCUUCGUAAUCUGAAUGGCUUAAAACUUGCGGACUGCUCACCACGAUGUAGACUGCGAGCUGGCUCUUAUUUUUCUUCUGAGACAGAGUAGGUCGAGAGCAUGGGUUAGGGGCGAGCACCAAAGCCGCGAGGAACAAGGGCAGUCCUUUUUACCAUUAAUUUGCAUACUUUCAAUUUUUCGCUCGCCGGGCAUGGCAAUGAGGUAAGAACCUGACGACCGCUCGUGGUCUAGCCACGAUGUAACCCCUUAAUAAGGCGUUGUAAAAUUAUGCACUUUCUUUCUUUUGUGUUUCGUUUGUCGCUUUUACUUAGUACCAGGUAUAAAAAUAUUUACGACGCAGACGAGUCAUUCAUCUUUCUUUGAUUUUUGCUAGUUUUAUCUUACCUGAAACUUUAAAUGUCUUUUUUUAAAAGGGAUUAGAGGCACAUUGUGUCUUCUGGGAUUUUACUGCCAAGUAAGUGUGACAAAAUUUUUCAACACGCACUUAUUAAGGACUUAACUACAUCAGGGGUUCUUCGAACUGAUGAGUUGAUUUAUAGCGGGGCUCCCUCGCGCGCGAAGCGCGCGUGGGACAGAGCCCCAUACUCAUGGAAUAUGGUCAACCUCUUUUCUUUUGGUUGUCACGUGACUGACCGAGCGUACGUACGUACGUACGUACGCGUCUACAGAUUGUACGGGUAGGGUAGGGGAGACUAUCAAAAGGAAGGGAGGGGUGUCUCAGGCGUGUCUUAGCAAAUCCACAUCUUUUACAUUGGCCAUUCACGAUAUGGUCAAUUGACAGCUGUCAAAACAAGAUAGCCACUGACCAGUAUCACAUUGCCAUAUCGGGGGCUCAUGUGUCAACUCAUCAAGGUGACGUGAGUUAUUUGGAAGCUGUCCGCUGACCAGUUGUUUUACUAGAUCGCGAUCAAUGUUCAAUCUCGUACUUUCUAGCUAGUUUGAGAGCACACGAAAACUGAUAAUGCACACAUCCAUUAGAAAUCAAUGUUUUGAUCAAUUGACAGCUGUCAAAACAGGGUAUCCGCUGACCAGUAUCACUUGACGGUAUCGCGGGCUCAGGUGUUAACCCAUCGAGGUCAAGUAUUUUUUUGAAGUUAUCCGCUGACAAGUUACUAGUUUUCAAAUGAUCGCAGGCUCAAGUUUGAUUUUUUUUCAUUCAUAUGAAAUAUGUUUUGUUUUUGGGCUGCACAAUUAAAAUUUUGAUUUAAAACUGACCUCGGACCCGAAAAUUCAGCCAGCUAUUACAAGCAAGACACUUGCUUUUGACUUUGCUCACCAUGGUCACGCGUUGGUCACGCUCUACAUCCAUUUUUAAAGCUCUGAUUGGUCAAAAUUUGACAGGUGAGCUCAUGCGGAAAAUUUAUGCAGCAUUUUGAAUCUUGUUUACUUUGACAGCUGAAGCUGAGAGAGUUUUGUGUCAACUUGUGAUGUUUUUAACUGUCUUUUUCCACUGGAUGCACAAAAUGAAAUUUAGCUGCUAUCAGGAGCCUUCUGUUAUUCAUGGCUAGUUGGUUUUUGGUUGAGAAAUUAAUACAUCACUUGUCAAAGUUGGGAAUCCGAUUUCGGGUGUCAACGUUUUUGUUUUUCACCUUGCUUGAUGCGCGUAGAGGCUGAAAACUCUGAAGCGACACUGGCCUUCCUUGAUACCUUUCAGGAGCUGCGUCUCGAAUGGUAAGCCCCAGUAAUUAUUGUGUUUGAUGUUUGUUUUUUAUAUCUAAUUUAAAGAAGUCGAGCGUAGUUUAUGCGGCUAUGUAGUUUAUGCACGUUUGUAAGAUUUGAGACAAUUUGAUCUGACCACGAAUCAGGUAAACUUGAUAUAUAAAGCUUACACAACUUUAAAAAGUCUUUAGACAUUUUCUCACCGCAGAUAGAAAGAAAACGUUCCAUAGAACAUUUAGUUAUAAUUCUGGCAGUAAAAGAAAGCUUUGAGCGAUUUUCUUGCCUCGAGUUCAUCUGUGUAAAAAGUAAAUACCGGGAAGCCGGCUUAAAACAUAAACUUACGCUUUAAGCUUGAAGACUCAGGAUUUUUAGAGACACUUUAAUAUUUGUCUUCGUGAAUGAAAAAUGUUGUCUCUGUAUAUGUUUCGCCGAAUUAUAUUUCCUUUAUUGAUUGCUGGUAGUCUCUCUUGUAAUUUUAAUCGCUGUGCCGUUUGUUUUCAGUCGUUCAGUGAACAGCGCUUGCAGGAGUACUCAAAAUGCCGCGCGUAUCAAACGCUUUUAAAGAUUACAGAUCGAUAAAACCAUUAAAUAAGAAAUAAACAUAAUAAUUUCUUUAUUGUGUUGGAGCUUAACUCUAGUAUGUUCGUUCAAACAUUCGCUACAGCUCGCACUGCAAAAGUGAGAACCGGCUGGCUGUAUACGUGAUUUUGGACAUUUUUUUAACGGUUUAGCUAAAAGCCCACGCGUGCUUCGAUCGUCCUGAAUAUUGAAUGAGUGCAAUUUCUCUUGCAAAACUGUGAAAUACUGUAUUCUGUCCGAGGUCUGUAUGAUUAAAACAGUACCUCAUAGUACUGUUUCACCUCAGAUGUGAUGUAUAAAUGGUAUAAAAGGGUUGUUUACACGCAACCAGAUUUGUUGGCAAGAUUUUGUAAAGUAAACUUGUCGAACGCAAAAAAAUUCAACCUGAUUUUUUUUCCAGGCCUAAUUAAUCUUACGGUGAUCAAGAGCCAUUAUGGCUCUUAAAUGUGAUCGAAGAUGAUUGCUAUUUUUUGGGUGUACAUAUGAGGUUAUCAACUCGAUGUAAGAUUUUGUUCACUCUUGGGCUGUUUGCAAAUUAUUUUUCUCUAAAAUCACUUAGCCUUUCCCUCAAAAGUCACAUGAAUGUGCUAUGUGCUCUAAAGUUAACUGAAUUGUGGAAUACAAGUUUAUUGUUUGAUUUAAAUUAUAAAUAUAUAAUGAGAGCCUCGCUUUUAGCCCUGGCUAAAUCUAUAUUAGUUAUUGUAGAUAAUAAUUAGACAAUGCUAUACAGAAAACAUCUCGCUACCAACCUUUAUGCCGUUAGGGUUGAUAAACUACUGUCCUUUGAUUGACCUUUCCCUUUAAGCAGUCAUACAACUACGAAACUAUAUUUCAGAUCAAAUUUCAACGGUUUUUGGUCAAGCAAAGGAUGUUCAGUGGUCAAUAGAACCAAAACGGAAAUCACAUGCACCUGUAACCACCUCACAAACUUUGCUGUUCUUAUGCACGUUGGAGUAGACAAUGAGGUUAGUUGGGGCAGCUUUGGCUUGUUUUCCGCAUGUCUCAAUACAAUAACUUAACCCGCGGGUAAGAACCGAGAUUUUAAGAACCGUUUAGGCUAAAAUUUGUUUGUUAGUGCACCUCUACAGAAGCACCUUUAGGACUCUAUCGCAUCGGAGUUUCCAGAGAGGUAGAUGUGAAAAUAUAGAUAUCUUCCAUAAAUUUCAAAAAUUUCAAUUUAUAGUUGAGCUACAUACUGUUAUUUAAACGAUAUUAUUGCAUAAGGGUUUAACUGUUGGAGCUGAGACAAGGCAUUACAAUACAUGUAAAAGUACAUUAAAAUUCAUGUUAUCACUGCUUUAGUUUUUCUCCUUAAAUUGAUUUUUACAUAAAUUUUAAUUUGUUAUUCAGAUUUGAUAUAAAGAAUAAACUGAAUGCCUCUAAAUAUUCAGUGUAUUUUUUCUUCAGAAAUAAGAACUUAUUUAAGAACCUAGAUAGACUAUAAAUUUGUGCUAAUUACCAUUUAUGUAAGAACCUGUUUAGGCUAAAUUGGGAAAAUACAGGUUCUUACUCGCGGGUUUUUACUCUACUAUGAAUGUUAAAAAAACUAAGGGGAGCAUCUACAAUCGUUGCGCCAUGAACCCUUUUUCACAUUGUCAUUUAUAGUUUUAGUGACUCGAGUAAUAAGGAGGCUACGCCUAUUUUCGCCAUUGAGAGUACUUCUUUGUAAAAUAAUAAGGGGCCCUGACUCUUUCCAAUAUCUGUCUUUAUUGAUUUGGCGUAUUUGCAAACAGUUUUUAAACUAUCUUUCCAACAGGUUCCAGCAGAUCAUAAGGUUGCGUUGAAAGUCAUUACUUACGUUGGGUGUGCUCUGUCGCUUGUCGGAGAAGCGCUCACCGCUGUUGCAUUUUUCGUCCUCUUGUGAGUUACAGAUAAUAUACAGCUCGGACAUUUAGAUUUGGUUUUUGUGAUAUGCAGAAUAAUCAAGGUCGAGGUAAGCGCUUUUAAUUCACGCAUCUUGGUUUCAAGUGCACCGAGCAUAACACGGCUGAGGAAGAGUGAAACCAAGAUUGUCGCCUGCAACAAACAGUAAGCGCUCGAACGGACUAGACGUUCAACAGAAAAACAUGGUCCACCAAGCGCUUUAAACAGAUUUUUCAGCACCAAUUGUUUAACCAUAGCAUACAAAGACGUGCUUUGUUUCUAAACUAUUUGCAUUGAGUCUCAAUACUUAGUAAAUGCAAAAUUAUGACAAUAACAAAACCACAAGGGAGGGGAACGGGGAGUCAGCCGCCCUCUUCACAACCCCUCGUAGCGCAGUUGGGCUCUGGCUUAGCUUGUCAGACGUUCAUUUAUGAUUUUUAAAUCAAGAAAGCAGAAGCAGAAGGGAUUUUCCCGCUUUGAAAAAAAUAACAUUUCAACGGGGUUCAAUUAUUUUUUGCCUCGUUCAUGGAUUUGAAAGAAGACCAAACUCAAAUCCGCUUUAACCUUGUGGUCGCCAUAGCGAUAGCACAAAUUACGUUUCUUGCUGGAAUUGAUGCCACAGAAGUUAUGGUAAGCUAAAGAUGUUAGUUAAUCUGAAAGAUAAAGAAAUAAUGAGCAUUUUGUUGGCUUGGAUGAUAAAUUGAUUGCCAAAACACUGUAAAAACAAAAAUCAAAAAUGAAAGACCGUUGGAUGUAAACGAGUUGAGUCUUAAAUAACUAAAUUUCAUUAGAUGGCAUAUUCCCGUUACCUCGAUUUUACGCAAAUGUGCUAAAGGGACAGGGUAGCAAAGGGUAGGGGGAGGGGAGGGGAAUACCUAUCACGCAUUACAGAGUAAUGAAAUAAAAUAUUAACUACAUUAACAAGUAUCAGGACUGGCUAUCCUAUUGUUAUGUGAUCUGAGGAAAUCAGUGGUCGCGGAACGAGAAAAAAGUGCAAGAAGUUGGUUGUCAUAACUAUAUAUUUUUUGUGUCUCUCAGUCUUCUUCUUGUUUCAAAUGAUAUCAACCAUCGCAGAAAUUUCAAAGGAAAAUCACACGUCACGCGCUGUAAAAAUAGUAAAUUACGCAUCACGCUUCUAGGCCAAAUCGCGCCUUACGCGGUUGAUUUAAUUGACCACUCCAGAAAAUACCAUAACAUACCAUAAUGCUCUCUGUUUGUCACCCCAGAAUUUUGCAUGAGCAUUGUUUUCAGUUUCUCUUGGGACCAUUUUAACUCCCUAGAGAAACUGAAAACAAUGAUUAAGCAAAAUUUUGGGGUGACAAACAAAGAGCAUUAUGGUAUGUUACAGUAUUUCUGGAGUGGUCAAAUGGGUUCGAUCACGCGUCACGGAAAACCCCUUUGCCACCCUGAAAGGAUAAUUUGGGAGGAAUGGAGUCUGAUUGCACUGACGUUUAGCGAUAGUUCAACUCCUGUAUAAUAUUUCGCAAACAUGGCAGUCAAGUUUAUUCAGUCACUUUUUAAGGAAAUAAAAAUUGUCCUUGAUCGAUUUUUUCGGCUGCUAUGAUUAGUAUAGGAAACAGGUAUACACUAGGUAUGGGACUAAGGUUACAUAGGAUCAAGUGAAGUGUUACUGACAGACACACGACAGUGCCUAAAACUUGUGGCUCAGUGGUCGAUUGCUCUUUAGUUCUCUUCAGUAUCUUUGGCUUGUUUGCAUUACAUCAAGAGUUUUUUUUUCUUUUUCCUUUUCUUUUUUUUUGUAGGGUGGGGGAGGGGGUGGUAAAAAGCGUGCCGUUAUGGGCAAUUUGAUGACGGUGAAUCCCGUUUCUUUAUAGGAACUGUGUGUGUUUGUAGCAGCCAUGAUUCAUUACUUCUAUCUGGUGGGAUUUGCUUGGAUGUUAUUUGAGGGUGUUUAUCUGUAUCUGAUGGUUGUCAAAGUGUUCAAUGCGGUCAUCAGAUUGCGUUUAUUCUACGGAGUGGCUUGGGGUAAGUAUUAAAGCAAAAGCCUACUACAGAAAAUGGCCCGUUGGUAGAUCUAGUCAAGCGGUCCUGACUUGUCAGUCCCUUCCGGGAUCAAAAGCAUUUUGUUAAUUGACCACUCCAAAAAUACCAUAACAUCCUAUAAUGCUCUUUGUUUGUAACCCCAAAAUUUUGCAUAAGCAUUAUUUUCAGUUUCAGUUUCUCUUGGGGCCAUUUUAACUCCCAAGAGAAACUGAAGACAAUGCUUAUGCAAAAUUUUGGGGCGACGAAAAAAGAGCAUUAUGGUAUGUUGUGGUAUUUCCUGGAGUGGUCAGUUGAUUCCUCAUUUAUCUAGUUACUUUCCUUACGUACUUACAAGGACUUGCAAUUGAGACUUGCUAUUCAGAGGAAUUUGUACAGUUUCUCACUUCUCAACACCACACUUCUCAUAAGAGUGCUACACUGACGUAGCUGACGUAACCCAACUGAGCCUAACUUUUCAUUUUUCUCUUUUUCGUUUUCAAUCAAACGUUAGGCGUCUCCCUUUUGAUUGUGGUUUUAUCGAUCGUGAUUGCUUCCAUUCAAGAUGGCGGGAUAGAAAGCUAUGUUCAUGAUCAUUUGUAAGUAACCAAACCAGAUCUUAAUACUACAGAACAAAACGGAGCAAGAAAAACUUGGAGGUUUCAAGAAUCUGUUUAUUUUUUAAUUACCAUUUUUUAUUUAUUUAUUUAUUUAUUGCAAAGUUACUUAUGAAAUUGAUUGAUGAACAGGUUAUUAAAUCAUCACCAGACUUGAAGUUACUGGGAGUAACAUUAGAUGAUGAACUUAGUUUUAGUACUCAUAUAAGUGAUAUAUGCAAAAUGGCAAGUAAGAAAGUUGGUGUUCUAUUACGUCUUAGAAAUAUGAUUCCGAGAGAAGCCAAGUUACAAUUGUACAAAUCGGCAAAUUUACCUAACUUAACAUAUUGUCACAUAGUGUGGCAUUUUUGCAAAGCAUCUAAAGCAAGAAAAUUAAAAAGAGUACAACAACGGGCAUUACGUGCUGUAUAUAAUGAUAGGAAUGCUCCGUAUGAGGAACUCCUAGAGAAGGGAAGACUCUCUAGUCUUGAGAACAGACGGUUACAAGAUGUACUAAUUUUAACGUAUAAGGUUAAAAAUUCACUAGCUCCAGAGCAUGUAUGUAAUAUGUUUUUUCAGCAAGAUAAGCAUUAUAACUUACGAAGUGAUUUUCCUGUUCCGAGAUAUAAUACUGUUAGGUAUGGCAAGCACAGUAUCAGAUUUUUAGGCCCACACAUAUGGGGCAAGAUAAGCCAGGAACUACGCAGUAAGACCAGUCUUCAGGCAUUCAGGAGAGGGGUGCGUGCUCUCAAUGUGCUGGGCUUGCUGGACGGUACGUGUGGCUGCUGUGCAUGCUCAUCUUAGGGUGGUGGGUAUGCAUAUUGGCUUCUGCUGUCUGGCUGCCUGGUGUAUUGAGAGUGUGCUCCCCUAUCCUCUAUUUAAUUCGUCUAAUUUAAAUUGUCUAGACUUUUAACUUUCUGAAUUUUGUAUUUAUGUUUGACUGCUGCUUAUAUGUUUGUCCUAUAUUGUCUGUUUGUUUGUCUGUCUAUCUGAUUGUCUGUUUUGUCUAUCUAUUUGUUUGUCUUUGUUUGUUCCUUUUCCUAGUGUUUGUCUGUAAUAAUUUUAUAUAUUGAGGUAAUUCUUAUAUAUUAAUGAUAUUUUAAGAAUAUAUUUUUAAUAUUUUUACAUAUACUUGAUUUAAUCUUAUAUUAUAUUAUUUUUAUUUAUUUAUAGUGUCCACAAUUAGCUUUUUAGCUAAAUACCUUGACACUUUAAUAAAGUUUAUGUAUGUAUGUAUGUAAUUUGCCCAAACUGCCUUUUUCAGAGGAAUUAUUAUGAGCACGUUCAUGUUACAGGCCUAAACAAUUGGUUUUCAAACAAUUGAAAAUUUUUAAAUAAGUCUUCGUAGGCUUUUUCUUCAAUAUUUCCAAUUUUAACCGUCAAGUUUUAUCAAGCAAUCCUUUCUUAGAAACACCUUGAUUUUCUUUAUUUUUUUUCAGUUGCUGGAUUUCCUUCAAAAAUAACCUUAUCUGGACGUUUGUUGCGCCUGUUCUCUUAGUUUGCACGGUAAGUAAGAAAGUGAAAAUGUUCCAUAAGUGAAUAAGUUUGUUAAGAGAACAAGUUAAAAAAUGAUUGCUUACAGAAUAUUGAGGCUCAUCUGUAACUGAUUAAAAAUUAAUAUAAUCAUCAAAUAUUUGCCAUGAAAAUGUAAGACGUGAAACUGAAAUAAAUAACGGUUCAUGUAGAAAAAAGAAAACCAGAAUAUUUAGCUUCCUUUCAUAUCAUAGUCUUGGUGGAUUACAGUAAGCCCAUAAAUGAACUGAUAGAGGCUACCAGUGCCGCCCUUGCAUGCUGACGUCAGAGCUUACUGUUAACAUGUAAAUAUAUACUGUAAAGAGGACACGUUUAUUGUCCUCUUAUCCACGGCAUUUCAUUUAUUCAUUCAUUUGCGGGUAAUAAACACAUCUGGGAUUGAGCGCUGCGGUGGAGGGGAGGCUGUGACGUCAUACUUGGUGUGAUAUGUUUGAGAUGUUUCAUACGUCCGAGCUUUGAUCGAUUAUUUAUCGAUUAUAUUUUAUGUUUUCAUUUAUAUACAUAUUUAUUCAUUUAUUUGUAUAUUUAUUUAUUUAUUUAUUGUAGUUAUAUUUUCAAGACCUGAGAGAAAGAAAGAAACAGGGUCCAAGGUUUCUGCCAUUAAAAGAUAUCUUAUUCUCAUGCAUUGUUUCCACGCAGAUAAACUCAGUUUUACUUGCCCGAGUGGUUCAUGAGAUCCUAAGAAUGCAAGCCGACAAAACACCUCAUCUGGAAAGAGUUCGACAAGGAGUUAAAGCAUGCGUAGUUUUGUUUCCUCUUCUGGGACUGACCUGGGUGUUUGGUGUCCUAAGUGUCACAGAUGCUGGACUCGUAUUUCAGUACAUCUUUACCAUCUUCAACUCUUUGCAGGUAUAGUACUAGAAAAUCCAACAUGUUAACUUUUUGAGUAGUUUGAGUAAACAGUCGAAAUUUCGCAGGGGCACUCAAAGAGAAUAUAGUUCAAAACCACUUAAACAUAGCAUUGUUAAACGUAUUUAGUAUUUAGACGGUAGAUAUAGGCAUAUUUUUAUCCCCUAAAAAUUUUUCAUCUGUUCGGCUUUCCUAGCUGAAAGUCUAGUGAUCCGAAAAUUAUAGGGAUCAAAACUUACCUUUUCAAAAAUUUCAGCAAGAAAAAAGGCUCCCGAAAAUUUUAGGUGACCUUUUUAGGGUAAAAAUCCGUUAAAAAUGGGCAAUUAUACCAUUUUUUAGAUGUUCGAAAAUCCUAGGAGAGGCAGGCAAGCAAGAAAUUUUACAAAAAAUGUUCCGAAAAUUCUAGAUCUCAAAUCGUCUUCCGAACAGAUAUUUUUUGAAAAUUGGCGUUGGGUGCCCUGAUUUCGCGACGCCACCACUGGUUUCCCCAAGAAAUGACGUUUGGCGAAGAACGUCCAUACUGAUGGCGUGUCAGAAACCCACAUCUGGGAAGUGCUUCUUAUUGGAUGAAGCAGAUUUUAACCAAUCAGAACCACUACCCAGAUCCAGGUAGUGACGAGUGAUCAGUAUGGAAUUGCUCCGCUAGUUUAUCCAACGUCAUUACGUAGGGAAACCAGUGGUGGUGUCGCACAAUGUCCGCUGUUUUCUCAGGCUAACUGACAGCGAGCAAAUAUUAUUUUAUCAAAUCUUAGCUUGGUGGCUAAAAAAGCUUUGUAACAAAAAAAAAAAAAAAAAAAAAAAAAAGGACAGUAGAUAUAUCUAGCAACCUUUGUGGCAUUACAGGUGUGGUAUGGAAUCCCUAAAUAUAUAGAUUUAGCCAGGGCUAAAAGCGAAGCUCCCGUUAAUAAAUUCAUAAUUUAAAUCAAACAAUAAACUUGUAAUCCACAGAUCAGGGCACAUUCAUUUGACUUUUGAGGCAAAAGCUGAGUGAUUUUAGAGAAAAAUCAGAAUUCGACCGUCCAAGAGUGAAACAAAUUUUACAUCAAGUUACUUGUACACCGAAAAAUAGCAAUCAUGUUCGAUCACAGUAGAUUAGGCCUGGAAAACAAAUAGACCUAUUCGUGUAUUGUAUUUGCAUUAGCUGUAGCAUCAUAAUGUGGCAUUCACCAGUCUCUCCAACAUUGCUCCGUUAGAGAGACUAUGGAUAAUAUUAUUGGACAACCCCGAAAUAUAAUUUUAAGAAACACAUGCGCCACGAUAGUCCUUGGUGGCAGCCAAUUUACACGUUGCAUUCCUCUGUCUAAAAAGAAAGGCCAAAUAAAAAUCAGGCCGGAUUUUUUGUGUUCGACAAGUUUAGUUUACUAGUAAAUCUUGGUGACGAAUCUGGUGGCGUGUAAACCAGCCUUUUAAACAUACUUUUUCUCAUCACGUCUCAGGUAAACAGUACACAGACCUCGGACAGAAUUUGUUCUUUUUUGCCCUAUUUAAACUUAUAAUUCUGCAGUUUUUCACAAUUUUGCAAGAGAAUUUGCACUCAUUCAAUAUCCACGACGAUCAAAGCACGCGCUUCCUUUGCACAACAAAUUAUAGCAUUGAAUUAUAAAACGUUUUCUGUUAGAAAAAUCUGGUCCUUAAAAUCACUUUUCGGCCAGCCGGAUGGGUUCUCACUUUUGACAGGCACCAAAUUUGCAGUGCGAUUAAUAGAGUUACCAUUUACGCUUCAACAUGAAAGAGAAAUUGUUAUGUUUAGGUUUUAUUUCCCUUUAUUCAUUAAACUGUGUAUGAUUUUGUUUUGUAAUCUUUAAAAGCGAGUGAUAUUUACGCGCGGCGUUUUGAGUAUUCCUACAUGCAAUGUUUAUGUCUGGAAACAACCGGUGCAGCGAUGAAAACCGCGAGAGGGACUACUAACAAUCAAUAAAAUAAGUUUAAUUCGGUGAAACAUGUACAGAGACAAUAAUUUUCAUUCACGAAGAGAAGUAUUGAGAGGAAAGUGUCUCAGAAAAUCAUGAGUCAGGCAAGCAUAAGCUUAUUUAUGUUUUAAGCCAGCUUCCCGGUGUUCGCUCUUUUUCAAGAUGAACUCGAGGCAAGAAAAUCGCUCAGAGCUUUCUGUUUACAGCCCAAAACAUAACUAAAUAAUCUUCGGAACCUUUUCUUUGAAUUUGCGGGUCAAAAAAUGUCUAAAGGCUUUUUAAACCUGAUACUAUUGUAGGUUAGAUCAUUGCUCGUGUUUUAACUUAAGCCGCAUAAACCAUACGCUCGACUUCAGGAAACCGAAAAAAAAAAAACAUCAAAAACAAUAAUGGCUCAAGCUUACCAGUCGAGAUGCUGCUUCUGAAGGUCAUCAAGUGUUCCAGAAUCGCUGGGGACUUUUCAACCUUCUUACGCCUCAAGCAAGGGCAAGUGAGUAAGCUCAUUUUUGAAAACGAUGCCAUCCGAAAUCGGAUUUCCAAUGACUUUGACAAGCGGUGCAUUUGUCAACAAAAAGCGCAAUAAACAAACCAGCCACGAAUUACAUGUACAGAACAAUCUUGAUAGCAGCUGUAUUUCAUUUUUUACACCAAGUAGAAAAAUACAGUUUAAAGCAUCACAAGAUGGCGCAAAACUCUCUCAGCUCCAGCUAUCAGUAAGCAAGUUUCCAGACGCUGCAAAAAUUUUCCGCAUAAACUCACCUGUCAAAUUUUGACCAAUCAGAACAUAAAAAUUGGACGUAGAGCGUGAUCAACGCGUGACAGUGAGAAAAGUCAAAAGCGAUUGCCUUCCCAUGUAAAUGUAAAAGUCGGUUGAAUUUUCGUGUCCGAGAUCAAUUCGAAAUCAACAUUUUAAAAGUGCGGCUCAUGAAACACGACUUAUUUCAUAUGCAUUUUAAAGGUCGAUACCUGAGCCCGCGAUACGGUCAGGCGAUACUGGUCAACAGAAACACUGUUUUGACAGCUGUCAAUUAAUCAAAACAUGGAAGUACAAUAUCAGGUUGCAGGCUCCCAAACUAGCUAGAAAGUGUGAGAUUAAACAUUGGUAUGCCUGUGGUGCGGACGGACGGAGGGUCGGGUGGUCGGCGUACGGUCACGUGAUUGCCGAAUUUUCUAGGAUGGAUAGAUUUUCUAUAAAGCUAUGGGGCUUCGAAUUGAGCCCGUGAUCAAAUAAAAUAUCAGCGCAAACUUUAAACACUACGUGACCUCAAUAGAUAGAAAAUGAGCCCGCGAUCCACUCAGGUGAUGAUGGUCAGCGUAUACUCUAGUUUGACAGCUGUCAAUUAACCUUCAUUAGAAUGGCGAAUAUUCGAAUUAACAGACCACGAGUGUGAGUAGGACAUUUCCGUCCGGCAUGUAGUGCAAAAUGCCAGAUCGUGUACCUGAGCGAACCUUAGCCCUUCUGAUAGCGGUCUGCACAUGUCCCAUUUUGACAGCUGUCAAUUGACCUUAAUUUGGCCUGCCAAUGUAACUUUAAACGACUGUCAGCCAACUGACAGCCUUGCCCGGCGUAGUUUCGUUUUUAUGUUGAAUUGGUAAGUGUGACAUAUUAUAUCAGCUUAUAUAUAGGGGCAAAACGACUGGUCUUUUAUCUGAGCCCGCGAGACGGUCAUGUGAUAAUUGUCAGCGGAUGUCUGAUUUUGACAGCUGUCAAUCUAAUCGUACUCAUACGGAUGGCUUACAUAUCUAAGAGGCUAGUCAAGUUGUGCAAGAUCUAUUGUGACAUUUGACAUCGGCUUACAUGAAGUGUGUGUACGGACGGGCGUACUCUACGUCAUAACCAAAUUUUCUGGGAUGGAUGGUUUACCAAAUUUUCUUACCCAUGGUGCUCCGCUGCGCGCGCGCUUCGCGCGCGCGGGAGCUCCGCUAUGAAAGGGUUCCCAAGUCUCCACUAAAAUAGUGGGUAAGGUGGGGAGGGAGGAUGCGUGUAUACAAGGGUGUUGUGUGUAUAAAAACAGAACAAAAAAGUUAGAUGUUAAGAUUAGCACUGAUAAUGAGGGACGGGCAAACUGCAGAGCAGCUAUGUCUACCUCAAAGAAGUGCAAAAAAUGAUUUAGUAGAAAGUAAAAAUUACUGAAAUUUUAAUAAGGAUAGGAUUAAAUAAAAUAUUAAAGUUGAAAAAUAAAAAGAAUAAGUAUUGAGGGACUGGCAAACUGUCAAACAGCUAUGUCAACCUCAAAAUAGGAUUAGGAUAAGUAUAAGAGGAUGAGGGGUUAGAAGGUAAAAAUAAUAAGAACGAUGAUAGGAAGAUGAAAGGGGAAAAGAGGGACCGGCAAACUGCAAAGCAGUCAUGUCAACCUCUUGGAAAGUUAAAAAUAAAGAAGAGAGAAGAGGAAAAGGAGAAAAAAAAUAUAUAAAAAAUAAAAAAAAUAAAAAUAAAAUAUAUAUAUAUAUAUAUAUUUAAUAAUAAAAUGAAAUAAAAUAAAUGAUAGAAUGAAUGAACUAAAAUAAAAUAAAUGAAUAAUAAAGGAGAGACUCCGGGUUAAACAAAGGGAAAAAAAACAAACAAAGGAAUUACUUCAAUAUCUUUAAUGUGUGAUUUUCUCUUCAAAAAUAAUGAUAACAUGUUUGUGAAAGAAUGAAAACGUACAGUUGUAUCUUUGGUGAAAACAAAUUAUAAUAACCCAGAUGGCUUGUUAACUGAUACAGUGAAAACACUACAUGAGCUUCACAUAAUUAUUGGUGUAUAGUCGUUCUUAAAAACUUAUCGAAUCACUGAAAUAGUUAAAAUUAGAUGGAAAUAUACUCGUUCUUAAAACACUCAAGGAGUUAUCGACUCUGAAAAUAAUUAUUCCUUUCAAUAAAAGUUGAAAAAGACUCAGUAGUUUCUCUAGUAACUAUAGCGACAUCUGCAGAGUUGUGAAAAUUGUGAAAUAAAUUAAAAUGUUGGAUAAUACUUUAAAAUAUAGUCCGAUACAUACUCAUUCGUUCAUUUAUUUAUUUAUAUGUUUUGCCACACAAGCAUUCGAAGUUUACUCCAGACUUUGACAGUAGUGUCAAGGAAUGUAGCGAUCGAGAAAAUUAACAUUAACAUAGAAUAGUAGAGAUGGUGGGCGGUACCUGAUACCAUGUACUGCGAUUAACCAUUGACUAUAAUUUUGCUUUCAUUUCUUCUUUUCUCUCACCCUUAUGAAGGAACUUAACUUUCUUUUUAUUUAUCGAUACACACAUUUUUAGGGUUUGUUCAUCUUCAUACUUCACGUUUUGAGAAACAGCGACGUACGUGCAGCAUACUCCAGAAAAAUGCAGAAGAGGAAUGCGGCAAAAAGCGUGAAAAACUCUCAAGAAAACCGCAAUACAAUCGGAUUGUGGUCAAGCAAAGUGACAAAUGAACCAAGUUGUACAAAAGAACCUAGCAGUGCCUCUCUAAGAUCAUCGAUUGGAGUAAAAAGCAAGAUUGACAAUGCCCUGCACGAGGAAAGAACCAUGACUCCCGUUGACACGUGACUGUCACGUAGGCUGCACGCAAAUUUGUUUUAGUAGCCACUGUUAGAAAAAAGAGUAUUGGCAAGUUUUCAUUAUACGUUUAAUUCUUUGGAAAUAGCAUAAAAAUCCUACAAAGAACUUCUGUUGACACGUGACUGUUAGUAGGCCAUUUCCGCGCGAGUUGCUCCACUGAGCCUCUGUUUUGAAGCGAAACCAAGUCGAACCCAUUGCUAUGAAAAUGAUGUUUUACUCUCAUGAGGCAAAAGAAACCAGGAAAGGUUUUGCACUUAGCCUCGUUGGAUACCAACAUUAUUACUUUGUUGCUUAUGAAACGCUAUGUUUCUCCCGAUGAAUCAGAGUCUCAAAGAGCAAAAACUUUUAAAUUCAAUCGAUUACGAGUUGACAGGUUGUCUCAGUAGACUUUAUACUUAUUUUAGACUUACUUGGAAAUUCAUAAGGCCUUUAUUCAAGCUAUUCUUACGUCAUUCCAUGCUGUAGUGAAGAGAG